AUGGGUGAUCAAUCUGUUUUGGGGGAGGCGACGAGUGCGAAAAGUGAUGUUUUUCCAGAAGAACUAAAGGGGAAUGACGAAAAUUUGCCUCCAAACGACGACAUGGUGUUUGAAGAGGUAGAAAAAUCCAGAAAAAAUUAUGGAUAUGAGUUCUUGAUUGCUGAAUCUCGGUUUGAUUUUUGGAUAAAAGCAUUGAUGUUAAGGUGGCCUAAAUCCACUUGAUGAAAACACAAUUGUUGAAAUCAUUAUUCAUGUUAGUAAUGUUCCAGACGAUGCCUCUAAUGUUGAUGCUACCGAUAAUCCGCCGUUAUUUUCAAUUACAAUAUCGGCGAUAGAAAGGAGAGAAAGGUUAAAAUCUCCCAGAAGUAUACUCUUGUAUCGAAAAAUACGGAGUUUCCUAAACUAAAAAGUCUAGUAGAUAGGCUUCAAGUUAAUAACGAACUAGAUGCUGAUACGAUUAGAGAUGACUAUGCUGAUAUUUUUCAAGGGUCAGAAGAUGCCGAAAGUUUAAAUUUAUCAUCGCUGGAUCUUUUGGAAUUCUUAUGGGACGUUUCACUUUUGUCCACCAACGAGAAUACGACAAAGAGUUUUCAACCAUAG